AGUCUGUGGUUAGUGAUCAGCUGUUUUGGGUUACAUGUACAUGUCGAGUUUUGGCUUUAUACGUUUGGUUUGCGGUGUAAAACGGUAUGACAUUUGAUGUUUAAUGACUACAAUACUAUUAGGAACUAUACUUGAGUUAUUUCAAAUGUUUACAAUGAAUGGAACAAGAAAUAUUCAGCAUUUUUUCGCGUACACCUUAGAUGAAUAAUACUUGAACGCUAGAUUCUAUUUAUAGACUAUCUGCGUCACAGUUUUGAUUGAUGGUGGUAUAAAAGCUGUACUUUUAUUGCCGUUUAUUGCUUUAUGCGCCGCGCUACUAAUAAUCAAUUAGGUUUAUACGGUUGAUAGGGUUUGUUAUUAGUGUAUUGUAGUGGUCAUUUGUGAAAAUAUAGUAGUAAAUUUGUUCAAAGACCGUGAAAGCCUCUGAUAUCGAUCAUCUCAUCGGAAUGCGUUUACGUCAUAGGACUUCAUUAUGGGCGGUGCUUAGCAAUGUACGCUCUAUUAAUAAAGUGCAAUGACGUCAAUUGAUGGAGUUUUCCGUUUCGCUGUUCUAUUUUUGGAUACAAUCAAUUACAUGACGCACUGAAACCUCAAUUACUACAACAUAGAAGCCUUCAUUCAUAAAAUUCUUUCUACGAGCGGAGUCUGGAAAAAUGAUAGAUAAUAUACAUGAACAAGAUGCGCGGAGCGUAUUACAUAAUAAACCACUGGUGUUAAAUAUAAGCGCUACCCUUGAGGCAUCGGUCAAUUUACCGGAUAAGUUGACGGAGACCCUGUUUGGCCAGUGUCAGUACUUCCGACCGCAGCCUAACCAGGGAUCCCCGUCUCCCGGAAGCUCAUACAAUGGUCCUUCCUCCUCGGGGUCCAACGUGUAUGGCACCGACUCGCAGAUGGGAGGUGGGUGCCAGCAGCGACUUCACUAUACCGGAACUCUGGUCACUAAACCCGGGUUCACACCAACCACUACGGGAUGCAGCGACCCGAUGCAGAAUCUUGGCAUACUCGGGCCACUCAACUUUUUUAACACGAUUAUAUCGCAGACCAUGCAGGCCGGGGCUAUUCAAGCACAGGUGCCACAGGGCUCGUGCAACGUUCCUUGCCAGGGCCAGCAGCAAAAUAUGAUGAGCCAACAAGACAUCAACGCGAUCAUCUCCACACUGUCGGACUAUCAGCAGAGUGGAUCAAACUCACUUUUCAGUUCUGCACCCACAACUCCUUCACAGCAGUCACAGGCCGGCUCUCCGCCGCCCGACACCGGAAGUCAAAGUCCCAUUGACACUUACUCAACGGGCUUUGCCUCCCCGCCUUUGACAUCCCCUGUGACACCGUGCUCACCUCAUUCGACGCCUGAGCCCGCUUCUUCCGGGUGUGACAACCUGGACACAAUUGAUAACGUGUUUUCCAUACCACCGCCUCCUUACAGCGCCUCAUACUGUAACACCAUCAACUUUCCACUUAAACAACAGAAAUCUACAUUCAGCAGCUGUUCGCAACAACAAGGGGAGGCCGUGCCAUUUUCCACCGGAAAUCUAAGCGGGCUUAGUUUUUCUAAUACCGGUAUGGACACAUUGCAGAACGUGCCACAGUUUCAGGCUAAUGACAUUACAUAUCAGACUCAGUCUUCGAACAUUGGUGCUAGUUUCAAAUGUACAAUUCAAGGCAGUUUAACAGCCCAGAAUCAACAACAACAACAACAACAACAACAACAGCAACAGCAUGCACAGUUACCGGACUUUACCGCGCUGCAGACUACACAAAAUCAUCAAAGACUUAGCGUUACCCCACCCAUGUACAGUAACGUGCCAAUCAAAACUGAACCAAUGUGUGAUAUGAGCCCAACGGACUCCUUUCUCUUGCCUUCUUCUUCUCAUGUGAGCUAUGAUCAAACUCAGUCGGCAUCAAAAGUUCCAAUUACCGGCAUUCUUAAUCAGCCGUAUCAACAAGGUCAGUUAAAACUACUUCCGGUGAAACCACGCAAGUAUCCCAACAGGCCGAGCAAGACUCCGCCGCACGAGCGCCCAUACCCGUGCCCCGCUGAGGGCUGUGACCGACGGUUCUCGAGGAGCGAUGAGCUCACGCGGCAUCUCCGCAUCCACACCGGCCAGAAGCCGUUCCACUGUCGGAUCUGCAUGCGCUCCUUCUCGCGCAGCGAUCACCUCACCACGCACGUGCGCACGCACACAGGCGAGAAACCAUUCUCGUGCGACUCGUGCGGACGGAAAUUCGCGAGAUCUGACGAGAAAAAGAGACACGCUAAAGUGCACUUAAAACAAAAGGCGAAAAAAGAGGCGAAACUUAUGGCCGGAAAUGUAUCCAUGCCCGGCACACACACGCCAUCACUUAUGGACAGUAUGUCUUAUGGUUCGUGCUCAACCAGCGUUCCAACGUCGACGGUGUCUUCUAUACCGCACGUGGUAACAACGGUGUCGUUGUAAUCAUGACGUCACUAUAGGCGGUCGGAAAAAAGGCAUUAUCUCAUCAUAUCUGCUUGAACUUUUGACUUUAAGACAUUUGAACAAGGACCGUUUUAUGGGCAAAGGAACUGUUGCAGUAAAAUUUUCUAGUCAAGAAAAUUUGGUCGUAUACAUAUUUUCAUGUGUAAAACUUUUAUAAAGCUAUAUUACUACGUUUAAUCAUAGACGUAUGUAUAAUUAUAAUUGCCAUAUUCACAAAAUUGAACGCAUAAUCAAGCAACAUAUGUUCAUAUAUUAAAAACAUUUUGCUAAUAGUCUUAUGUAAUUGUAGUCGAAUCUGUUACUCGAUCUUUUGUAUAAAUCGGCAAUGUGGAUAACAUAAGUAUGGUUAAAAUUGGCACUUUCGGUACAAAUGUCGCCUGGUUAAAUGAUCUUUUAAAUGAAUGCUUCAAUCUUCAAUUAUCACUUUCGCUUUGCUUCGUUUAAGCUAGCUUUAAUGUCGUUCAUAUAUUUUAUUUUCAUUAUGUGAGAUUAUCUUUAUACAUUAUGAGCCAAAGACCAAAUUAUAUAUUAUGUUCACAACCGAUUGCGUAGUUUUAAAUUAUAGCUAUAAUCUCAAGUAGUGAAUUAUAUUUUUAUCUAAUAAAUUGUCUCCAUGGUUUUCAUUAAUGAAUAAUUACUUCAUUAAUAUUGUGGAAAAUCAUUAGUGUUCUAUUUGAUUUUCUAAAUCAGUUGAAAUAACUGACUUUAAGUAGAUAGAUUACUAGUAUAUUAGUAAAUUUACUCUUAUUUACUGUUGUAAAUACAUUUAUUUUUCUGAUAACAAUGUUUUGGAAGACCUCGUUAAUAGUUUAAUUGUCGUUAUACUAUUGUUUUAAUGUGCUUAUUCUGUUGAGCAGAAAUAUUUGUUUAUAUUUUUUUUCAAGUUUAAUUGUUACAUAAAGAUGCCAUACAUGAUUUUUAAAAAGCUUUAACAGGUAUUAUUUAUAGCUUUUUGCUUGUUUUUAUCUCGAUGCGUAGAUAUCUUGUUUUUCAGUCUUUAUCAAAAAAAUAAAAUUAUAAGUAAAUCGAUAUUAUAUUUUCUUUACUUGGUUUUAAAGACAGCCUGGCGCAAAUGAUUCUAUAAGCUAAUAACAUUCAAAAUGGUGAACUGUGCGUUUGAUACCAUUAUCAGUACUAAAGCUGUGAGAAAAUUACUAAAAAGGGACAAAAAUGAAACUCAUUUAGAAAAAUCCCGUACGGAAUUUAGAAUGGAAAUACUACGUAUAUGCGCUAAUACCAAGCAUAUUUUAAAUAGAUUAUUUUUUAUCUUAGUCACUCUUAUUGUAUGAGUGGAAUUUGGCUGGUAUCGAUAUAUUUUUUUGUAAUUUUGUUAUACUUCAAACAUUACCGUCGCAUAGGUAGAUUUUUAUUGAUGUUUUCUUUUUUUUAAAUAAACUUGGCUGCCUUUAACGCUGGGUGUGUCUUUAAUCUGAUGCAGCAUGCUACUUAUAAACACCAGAAUAUACAUUUAAAGCUGCACUCUCACAGAUUGACAGUUUUUAGGUGUGUUUUUUCAUUUUGUCUCAGAAUCAGCUGAUUUUGGCAUCAGUGCCUUUAAUUACGUCAUAAAAGAUAACUCACAAUAGAACUGAUCUCAUCUAUUAAACUACCAAAUAUAUCAAUUUUUCUUAAAGCAUUAGUAACGCGUUCAGCCUUAAAACAUCAUUUUUUGAACAAAAUAUAAAAAGUUGUCAAAACGAUCAAUCUGUGAGAGUGCAGCUUUAAACUGAUGCAGAUACUUAUAUGUAAUAGGGCAUCUUUAAAUUUCGUUCAACAUGUGAUCUUGUUAUAAACUGUGCUAGUUAUAUGUUGUGAAUUUUUGACAUUUACAUUUUCUUGUUAUGAAUGAGAUACUUAUUUUUCCAUUUGUUAUAAAACUUAUUUUUCUCUAAAAUCACUUUGUGGUGUAUAUUGCCCCAUCAAAAAUCGAUUUAAAGGGAUAUACAUCUACACAUGAAUGAGGCAUAGCUUUACUGGAAAGGGCCAUUUCUAGAAGCGGCCAAAUACAGAAUAUAGGUGGAGAAUAUCCCUUUGAAUCUAUUUUUCAUGGAAUUUGUUAUGAUAAAAGUUGCAUUUUCUUACUGUGAAACAGUCUACACUAUUUCAAAUAAAAAUGAAUAGAAAACUUU